UACGCCUGACCCUGACUCUGUAAAGGACACAGCAUCUGCCAUUUGGACCCAGAUCAACACUGCCAACACUCAGGACAGCAGGUCCAUCAGACCAAACCACCAUGGAAAACUACACCAUGGACUCUGAUGACUGGCCAGUGACAACAGAAUUUGACUACAGUGAUUCAACACCAUGCCCAGGAACUGAGGAAAAGCACUUUGCAGCACGACUUUUGCCACCACUUUAUUCUUUGGUGGUGAUAUUUGGCCUCACAGGCAACAUGCUCGUUGUCCUUAUCCUGGUAAAAUACAAGAGACUGAAGAGCAUGACUGACAUCUACCUGCUCAAUCUGGCAAUUUCUGAUUUGCUCUUUGUAUUUUCUCUCCCUUUUUGGGCUUACUACGCUGUUCACGACUGGAUUUUUGGGGAGGCACUGUGUAGAAUUCUCUCUAGUGUCUACCUCCUUGGCUUCUACAGCGGCAUCUUCUUCAUAAUCCUGUUGACCCUCGACAGGUAUCUGGCCAUAGUGCACGCAGUGUUUGCUUUAAAAGCCAGGACAGUUGCCUAUGGCAUCCUCACCAGCACUGUCACGUGGGCUAUUGCAAUUUUUGCUUCUGUCCCUGGGAUAGUAUUUCACAAAACUCAGAGGGAAAAUUCCCGUUAUACUUGCAGCGCUCAUUAUCCAAAUGAUGCCCCAAUAAAUUGGAAGUAUUUCUAUACUUUAAAGAUGAACGUUCUGGGACUUAUUGUUCCAAUGUUCAUUAUGAUUUUUAGUUACUCACAAAUUCUAAAAACAUUACUGAGGUGUAGGAAUGAGAAAAAACAGAAGGCAGUCAGGCUUAUUUUCAUGAUCAUGAUUUUUUACUUCAUCUUUUGGACACCCUUCCAUAUUUCUUCUUUUUUGCAUACAUUCCAAGCCUCACUUUUUGUCCCAAAUUGUGAAAUCAACGGUAAACUGGAGAAAGCAAUCCAAGUGACAGAAACAAUCUCAAUGAUCCACUGUUGUAUCAACCCUGUGAUUUAUGCAUUUGUUGGAGAAAAAUUUAGGAAGUAUCUUCACAGCUUUUUCCGAAAGCAUGUUGCAGUCCACCUCUGCAAAAAAUGUCCAGGGCUUUAUCGUGAAAAAUUAGAAAGAGUUAGUUCCACAUUCACACCAUCUACUGCAGAACAUGACAUCUCUACUGGACUGUAAAAAUACAUCAAAACAUAGGUUAGUAAUUGCUGCAUCACUCGCUUUGCCUUAAGGAUUGCCUGAUGUUAUUAAAGGUCUUUAUGCCAACCACCACUGAAAACUGUACGACCUUCAGUUCUUGUGGUUAACGGUUCCCUGCAGUUACAGCAUUUUCCAUUCUUAAACUAGAAGAAUCAGUGAGCUCUCCAGGAAACAUUAACUCCACAUCUGGAUCACGGCAAGAUACGAAUGAGGCCCAGAAUAAUACGAUUCUGUUUCUUCACCCAGAUUCUAUCCAUGAACAAAUACCAGUGAGACUUACCCGGGAGAAUACAAUACUGAAGAAACUAAGGAGUAAUAUGUGGCCUCACAAGAGCCAUUUACUGUUCUGUGACUCUUCUCAGAUAAACACUGGGAAGAAGCUUCGAGGAUUGAUGUACCUGUUUAAUAUUCAGCAUUAAUGGAACACCUUUUGUAAGGCUUUUAGCUUUCUUAAUUUUUCCCCCCUACUUUUUUUUCCCCUACACAAAUAAAAUAUGUUUUCAUAAAAAGGAGUUCAAGGAUGAAUGAGAUAUAUGAAGGUAAUAUCUCUCCUCUGAGAGGAGAGUUAACUCACCUUUAUCUUAUUUGGGCUAUUUACUCCAGGGAUUUACCUGCAAGUUAACAAUGUAGAUAUUUUAAAGUAUAAUCCUUUAGCCUAAGUUAUAGUAUUCUGAUUUUAGCUAUUUAAUUCUAUGCCUGCCAUAUCACUGUCCAGUUGUUAACAUUUUCCAAAGUGGGCUUUUAAUCACCAACAUUGUGUUUUCUGUGGGUAUAACUUUGCAAGUAACUGUGCACACUGAGUCUACUGACUCUACAAGACAACAACCUGAAAAAACCAUAAGCUUGUUUCUGACAAAUCAUAUCCCUCCAAGGAAAGCAGCACUACACCAAUAAAAGCACCUUAGGAAAGAUCUGUAAGGCCAGAAUGAAAAUUACCUUGGUAUUUGCUAUGCAAGAUUCUGUAUGAAAAAUAAAAACCUCAGGACCCUCUGAAGGAUUUUGGAGAGUAUGAGCACUGUACUGACUGGAGGCCUCUCUAGUUCUGGACUGGUAAAUCAUUUGUGCAAAAGAAGACUUCAUGUGGCAGAUGCAGUAUGUGAAGGUAGGCUCCUGCAUGAGAAAAAGCCUGCUCUUCACAUACACAGUAAGUGUGGUGUUUGGGACACACUUCUAGGGGAGACAGUAGCCUUGGAACUGCAAAAGCAACCAACUGCAGAGGAGACAUAUCUGCUCUCCUUUCCCAGGAGAAGAGUGCCCAUAGCCAACUGGUGCCUCAAUUAGAACUGCAUGCUAGAUGAAGACUCAAGACUACUACUCUACUGGUGUCCUGUGGCCAUACAUUUAUGCCAUUAUUAGGAGUUUUCAUAAAAGAAAGUAGUAUUCUAGGCACACUAUUAGCAAAGAGGAGGGAGGUCCAUAGUGGAGAACUACUUGGUUCAAACUGUAAAGAAGUGCAGUGUCUUUUUUUUCCCCAUUUACUUCACAGGGUACUGCUCCUGCAUGUAAAGAUUUGCUCAUGGAAAUCUGGAAGGACGGGUCCAACUGACGUCCAGGCAAUGUAAGGACACAAGAGGGGAUUCCAACUACUUAACGUUAGGCGCAUCAUUAGAUGCCUAAAUUAAAAGCAAAUCUCUUUAAGGUCCCUCAGUGGUCAACAGAAAAAAAGAUGCCUGAGUCAGAAGCAGAACAUAUGAUUUAAAUGGCCCCUGAGGAAGAUUACUUGUCUAACUGCAGAAGAAACCUGGAAAUGCCAGCCUCUUAAUUUGGAUAUCAGAUGCCUUAAUCUGGGUGGCCUAAAUACUCUUCUCCCUCUAGCCUUAAAACACCAAGAUGCUGCUUAUAUUAGUUCUUAGCUUUUAUCCUAUCAGCUAUUAUAACCUGAUCACUACCUUAUGAGGUCAAUAGGCACAGACAGACUAAAGAAAAGACCAAAAACUAUCCUCACAGAAAACCUUCCUGCUCGGAAAUAAUAUUUUUUCCUUUAGUUUGUACUUUUUCACUGAAGUGAAAGCACCUUUUUAAUAUUAAAGCAUUAGUUAGUUCAGUGUGACACAAAUCCUG